CUGACAACAAACAUCAACAGACGGCUUGUCAUAGUUGUCAUUUCACGUGCCAGACCGCGAAUGUUAUUGUUUUUGAAAUGAACUAAUAUUUGCUUGGUAUCAAAAAAAAUCACCAUGUUUGUGUUAGCUGAAAUGAAGGAUGUGAUCAGAAUUACCCCAGAACAUUUCCAUCAAAGUUUAACGGAAUCAAUAACAACAUUACUCAAUAGAAAGUUGGCUAAUAAAGUAGUGUUAAAUGUAGGAUUAUGCAUAGCCUUGUACGAUAUCAUAGAUAUAGGCAAUUCGUACAUAUUUCCUGGAGAUGGUUCCUCACAUACAGAAGUUAAAUUUAGAUUUAUAGUGUUCCGACCAGUUGUUGAAGAAAUACUUAUUGGGAAGAUAAAGAAUUGUAGCAGGGAAGGUGUACAUGUAACUCUUGGAUUUUUUGAUGACAUUGUAAUACCAGUAAAUGCUUUACAACACCCCUCUAGAUUUGAUGAAACAGAUCAAGCUUGGGUGUGGGAAUACCCAAAGGAAGAUGGAGAAAAACAUGAUUUAUUUAUGGACUCGGGAGAGUCAAUAAGAUUUCGGAUCACUAGUGAAACCUUUGAAGAAAGUUUACCUACUGGGCCUCCUGGUACUGAGUGCACAAUACAGACUGUGGCUCCAUACAGAAUAGUAGGUGGGAUAAAUGAACCAGGAUUAGGUCUGCUAACUUGGUGGGAAGCCCCAGAGCAAGAUGAUGGAGAUGAGAAUGAUGAAGAAAAUGCUGAAUAAAUAUACAUUAUUAUAAAAAGACCCUAAUGUUUUCAUUAUAUAAUAUUUAAGUGAAAUGUG